GCUCAUUUCUGCGGCUGCAGAGGAACUUCAACACCACACAGGAGCAACUCUCAGCAUGGAUUCUUACCAGAAAAUAAUCCUCUUCACCUUCUUCUUCCUCCUGACAGGUGCUGAAGUUCCAUCAGUGAUUCAUCCUUUUAAAAGAACCUGUGCUGUAAGAGGGUCGACCGUCACCCUCCCCUGCACCUUCACACCUCUGAAGUCUUUCAUUCGGAAGGAAGAUGGAAAAGAAAUUUCUCUGAGGAUCGUCAGAGUCGGCUGGUGUGUGAAACAUGAGAUCUGCCAGGAACUCCAACCCCAUCCUGUGUAUGACAGCAACUCUACAAAGAACGACCUUCGCUAUCAGUACCUGGGAGACAUGAAGGGAAACUGUACUUUACAGAUCAGCAACAUCCAGAUGAAGGAUAAUGAAACCUUUCGCUUCAGAAUGGAAGCAGAUAAUCCUGCUGGACAUUUUACCAACCGAGCAGGAGUGUCCAUCAGAGUUGUUGAUGGAGUCAAAAUGUCAAUAAAAAGCUCCAGAGAUGACAAACAGUUCAAACGUGGUGAAACAGUCUCCCUGCAGUGCACCUCUUCAGCCUGCACCACCCACCAACUAAACAUCGCCUGGUUCAGAGAUGGCCACGCCCUCUCAGAGACUGGCUCCAUCCUCCAGCUCGGCCCUCUGGCUGCAGAGGAUUCUGGGAACUACUCAUGUGCUCUGGGGACCAACAAGCAGACCCUCUCUGAACCGUACAGCCUGCAGGUGGAGGCAGCAGAGAAAGAUAAGGACGGAAACCUGUCCCUGAUACUUGGGGUGGUGUUUGGUGUCCUGCUGGCCUUCAUCACUCUCAUACUGGUCGUCUUCAUCAUUAAAAGGAAGCGAGCAGCAGAUCUGAGAUCUGAGGAUGCUGAGAUGAGGCAGAAGCACACUGAUAACGUCUAUGGCAACGUCGUGCCUCCUGUGAUGGAGGGUGGAGGAUAUGACGAACAGGAAACCAGUCCAGAGACGGAGGACAUCAGCUACGCCCCCAUCCAGUUUAAAAAUACAACAACGCACAGGCAUGUGGAGGAGACAGGAGAAGCUGUCAUCUACUCCUCAGUCGCCACUCGAGGCUGAAGUCAUCCUGUUGACCCCAUCACAGACGGCGACUACAGGAGACGUGGAGUCCGUGUUCCUGUUUGAUGACUCAGCUCUUUUAGCCUGUGCAGACACCAUUUGUAACCAUCAGCUUUGGUCGAACUUCUGGACUCUCUGCUGCUCUGCUCUGCUGAACUGAACGAAGGACUCUGGUACAGAUAAAUGUCCAUUUCCUCUGUUUCAGCCCUCAUUCAGACUCAGACCUCUUUUAACCCCCACAACACGACAUGUGGUUGUUUCUGUUAUGAUUAUUUGCCUCGGUAUAUUUCCCAGACGUCCACCCAGUGCAAACACACACUGGGUUGUACUGGGACUUCCGGGUGUGUGUGUCAUGCUGGGCUUACACCAAAAGAUUUUCACAGUCGCAGACUAAAAGCUGGAAGUCUUUAGGAAAUCUAGGAGUCUCUGGAGUCACGGUGCUCCCGUCAUCUCCAUCAUUAGGUUUAAGGUGGUAAUCUGCGCUGUUUCAGGUCGGUCGCAAGUCGCCGUGACGAAAAACAAUCAGCAACCAACAGAUGAGCUCUGACGAAAGCAGGAAGAGGAAUCCUGAACGAACACGAACCGGUGAUGGAGCGUUGUAGGUGGACCGUCCAGAAAGAGGAGCGGACGGUGUGUCUGCUGUGUUACAGUAUAAUGAUCGAACAAAUGAGAGAAGAACAGAAACUCAUUCAUCCCUCCAGAUGCUGAUGAGUCGGUGUAACACCUGGAAGAAAUUCCUUAUUGAUCCUGGAGGGAAGCGCUCCCCUUGCUUGCUUUGCUGAGGGCAGAUCAGCCCUGUUCCAUAUCAACUGUC